UCUCUCUCUCUCUUUCUCCCUCUUUCUGCAAUAAAUCCAGCUUAAAGGACGACAGCAGAAGAGCCUCAGAAGGAUUAAAGAAAGUCUGUAUAAUACAGACGCCGGCACCAAAGCGCAGAAGAGGGAGGAAGGAAAGGGAGAAGGAGGGUGGGGGGGAGAGAAGAGAAUAAAAUAAAAUAAAAUAGACAGGCGACCGAGUGGGGAGGAGAAGGAGGAGGAGGAGGAGUUGAAGGUUUGCAUCCCAAACUCCAAUCUGACUCUUCCAUUCGGGCGAGAACCACAAAAUCAGCCUCAUCCGUCCAUCCGCUGGGUACCACUUGGCAGCAUCUUCCUUCUCCAGCUUCUCUCGCUCUCUCUCUCUCUCUCCCUCUGUGGUCCUCUUCAGGUUUUUUGUUUUUGUUUUUUUUUCCUCCCUCUGGUCCGCCGGGCACCCAGCGAUGGAUGCCACCCGCCCCAGACGCUUCCGUGCCCCUUUUCUGCCUCUGCUCCCCUCCGGAGCCUCCUCGCCGAAUGGGAGGCUGGCGUCUUUUUGAACCAGAUGGCGUUCAGAUUCAGAGGGGAAAGGGAAACACAAUGUGCUGCCUGCUGUUGUCGCUUUGCUUUCUAUUCAGCAAACUCCUCGAUUAUGCUGCUUUGGGCUACCUCACGGUCAGUAUUGAGCCUCUUCCUCCUGUGGUCGUGGGCGACGCCGUGACCCUGAAAUGUAACUUCAAGACCGACGGCAGAAUGAGAGAAAUCGUCUGGUAUCGGGUUACAGACGGUGGCACCAACAAACAGAAAAUCUUCACCUUCGAUGCCAUGUUCUCCACCAACCAGUCACACAUGGAGAACUACCGUAAGAGGGAGGACCUGGUCUACACCAUGACUGUCCAGCUUCCCGAAGUCCGAAUUUCGGACAACGGACCGUAUGAAUGUCACGUGGGGAUUUACGAUCGGGCGACUCGUGAGAAAGUGGUCCUGGCCUCGGGCAACAUCUUUCUCAACGUAAUGUCGCCUCCCACAUCCAUCUCGGUCAUUGCUGCGGACACCCCAGCUCCAUUCAGCCGCUACCAAGCCCAGAACUUUACCUUGGUCUGCCUUGUCUCUGGUGGAAAACCUGCUCCCACGGUUUACUUUAAAAGGGACGGAGAAUUGAUACAGGGUAUCGCUCUGACGGAGCCGCCGGUUAACGCCGCCGGGUUGCAGGACAGCCGAGCUGCCCGGAACCUCUUCCAUCGGGACUUAGACGACACCAAGAUGCAGCGGUCCCUCUCGCUGCUGAACGUGGAAGACCGGGGCGGGAGGCUCUACACCGAGGAACCCUUCCAAGGCCUCACUCCCGACCGGGGACUGUUGCUCAGCCCUACCACCGAGAAUAUUCCCGAGACUGUGGUGAGCCGGGAGUUCCCGCGGUGGAUCCAGAAUGCCGAUCCCACGUAUUUCUUCCACCACACCCACAUCCCCAUCAGCGACGGCACCGUGGAGGUGCGGGCCAUGCUUAUGUGGACCCUUAAUCCUCAGAUAGACAAUGACGCGCUCUUUAGUUGUGAGGUCAAGCACGAUGCCCUCUCAAUGCCCAUGCAGUCCGAAGUGACUCUAGUGGCUCCAAAGGGUCCCAAAAUUUUGAUGACCCCAACAAGAGCCCGCGUCGGAGACACGGUCCGUAUCCUGGUCCAAGGGUUUCAGAACGAAGUCUUCCCCGAGCCCAUGUUCACUUGGACCCGUGUCGGGAGCCGGCUCCUGGACGGCAGCGCCGAACACGACGGAAAAGAGCUGGUGUUGGAACGCGUGCCGGCUGAACUGAACGGCUCGAUGUACCGCUGCACGGCGCAGAAUCCUUUGGGCUCCACCGAUACCCACACCAGGCUGAUAGUGUUCGAAAACCCCAAUAUUCCAAGAGGAACAGAAGACUCUAACGGUUCGCCGAGUCGCCAGUGCGGCUUCAGACUAUUUCUGGCUAUCUUCUUUACAGUCACUUUGGAACUGACGUGAAAGGAAGGGGGUGAAUUUUAGCAAUCCGGGUUCUCCUUUCCCUGCACCCCCCCCCAAAAAAAAAACAGCUCCGCCAAGCCUCCAUGUCUCCGUGGAUCGACUUUUUUCUAUUCUUUUCCUUUCUACCUUCUUUUCCUUUCCUUUUCUAAAUUAUUUACAGUCUUGUUAUCAGCCUCUUGCUCUCCGUGUCUCUGGCUUUGUCAUCCCGUUUAAUUAAAAACAAACAAUACAGAAAAACCUACCGACGGUAACUG